GCGCACUCCCGCGCCGCCCUGUGUGCGCGCGCGCCCCCGCCCAGGCUCUUCUAGCGAAGCGGGAGGCGGGCGGCGCGUGGGAGACAUGGCGACGGCGCUGCUGCUCUUGGUUCCCGCAUUCCUGUGCGCUCGGGUCUGGGGGGCCGAGACUGUCUGGACAUCGAUGCAGGAUGUAGGGAACCGCACCCACCUGACCUGCCAGCUGAACCAAAGCAGCGUGGCGAUCACAGGCCACCGCUGGAUGCGGGGCAAGGAGGUGCUGCUGGAGGACAACCAGCAGGGGCUGAAGACUGACUACAACGUGAGCUCCAACGAUCACGGGGGCAUCUACACCUGCAUCUUCCUCCCAGAGACCGCAGGCCGGGCUAACUUCGAUGUACCGGGGCCCCCCAAGGUGAAGGCCGCCAAGAAGAUGGAGCAUGUCGAUGAAGGGGAGAGCGUGGUGCUGCGCUGCUCAGCUGAGGCCUUCCCCGCUGUGCAGUAUUGGAGGUGGUACCGCGAGAAUGAGUCUGGGGUGCAGCAACUCAUCGACAACCACACCCGUGCGGACAAAUACUUCGUGGUGUUCGGGGAGAACUCGUCUGAGCUGCACGUGCAGAACCUGCACCUGGAGGAGGACCCAGGCAAAUACUCAUGCGAGGCCACCAACAGCGAAGGCCAGAGCUCCGCCAUGAUCGAGCUGCGCGUUCGCAAGCACCUGGCCGCCCUCUGGCCCUUCCUGGGCAUCGUGGCCGAGGUGCUCGUGCUGGUCACCAUCAUCUUCGUCUAUGAGAAGCGCCAGAAGAAGGACGAUCAAGUGGACGAUGAAGACACGGGCUCCCAGCCACUGAAAAGCUCGGGGCACCUUAUGAAUGACCAAGGCAAAGAGCUAGGCGUGCGCCAGAGAAAUGCCACUUGAGCCAGGCAAGUUUUUUUUUUUUGG